UCCUUGUGGAUAAGCAUCAAAGAACAAAGAUCAAAACUUUCAUCCUUAUCCUCUUCACUCAACAAUGGAAGUGAUGUCUGCUUCAAGAUCCUCUUCUUCCACUUUGAAUCCCAACGCUCCCAUGUUUGUUCCUCUUGCUUACCGUACGGUCGAGGAUUUCUCUGACCAAUGGUGGGAACUUGUUCACUCUUCACCCUGGUUCCGCGACUAUUGGCUCCGUGAGCGCUUUCAGGAUCCUCAGAACGAAGCUUUCGACUUUGAUUUUGAUGAAGAUGCUAUCUUUCGUGAGCUUCAUCAACUUGUUGACAGUAAAUUUAAUUUUUAUGGGGCAAAUGUUAUGGGGGUGAUUAAUUUUGAUGAAUGGCAGAAAGAUGCAAAAUUUGUUGAAGUUCCAAGGUAUGCAGAGAAGGCACCCAAGAUUGUGAAGAACAAUAGGGUGAGUCCAAGGGCAAUUCACCAACCUAGGUAGAGAGAUAAGAUUUAAGGGAGAGAGUGUUUCACUCAGUUUGUGAUCUACUACCAUCUUUGUACAUAUAUAAGAGUAGGGUUGUAGAUGAUAAUGAUGUUGUGGCUUCUAGAGCCUUUGUGUCAAGAUUUCCCCAUUUCCUAGGUAUGUUUUUUAUUUAUCAUUUCUGAACAUGCUGUUGUUCUUCGCCUUUGUUUCAUGUAAAGAAAAAGAAAAAAAGGAAAAAAGUAAUAAUAACUGAAUUUGACAUCUAA